AAUAAUGCAACUUUCCUGAAUAGCAUGCGCGAUUAAUGUUAAAUUAAAAUGCUAAAAACAUUCGCUGCGCGGCGUGAAAGCGGCAGAGCGACCGGUUUACGAGAAGGCGACAUGCAAAGUGUGAAUAUAUUUUAUAUAUUAGUUUAUUUCACUGUGUGGAAAUGAUGCAUUCGUGAGGGGGAAGAUGCUUUUGCACUUUGUUGCACACACAGGUUCGUGCAUGUGAUGGUUUUUAAAGUAUUAAUAAAUGAGUUAUUUUGCAGAGGAGAAUGUGAAUAUUUGAGAUAAAAGAAUGAUUAUAGCAGGGGGAGUCAUGUGGUAGGAUGCGGCUGCUCCCAUUGGCUGGGGAGGGGGGAGAGGGCGUGGCCACAGCGGCGCGUGGGUUCGCUUAGGUGACACAAUUAUAACAACUUUUAUCUUCGCGGCCGAAACGCGUUUUUAUUGCGAAAUACUCACAUCUGGGAACUAGCGCGCAGUUAUUUCGUUCAAACUGCGGCGCAGGAUCACUUUGUGAUGAACGAUGUGACGUUUGAGGAGCCACCCGGAGAGCGCGUCUGUCCCCCCGAAAGGAUUUACUACAUCGAAUCGCAUCUUCUCAUCCUGGGAGAAAAGUUUUCCGUCGUUUUGUUCCCCGCGGUUUUUCCUAUUUGAUUCGGCCGGAGCCGCGCGUUGUGCCGCCGCGUCGCGAUCUCCCAUGCAGUCGUGCGGUGUGUCUCUCGCCGCCGCUGCCUGCGCUGCCGCCCGGAGUCUCGGCUCGGCUUCUUCUGGUGGUGAUGAGGGAAAGAAAAUGGCGGCGGGAAAAGCGAGUGAAACAGAGGAGGACUUCCCGACACUGACAGCCCCGGAGAGGGACAGUUUGGCCGGGAUCGACAGCUCACUGUUUGGAUUUCAGAAGCUUCAUGAAGAUGGCGCCAGAACGAAGGCCCUGUUGAUGAAGGCUGUCCGCUGCUACGAUUCGCUCAUCCUUAAGGCCGAGGGGAAAGUGGAGCCGGAGUUAUUCUGCCAGCUCGGCCACUUCAACCUCCUGUUGGAGGAUUAUCCGAAAGCAUUAUCGGCAUACCAGAGGUACUACAGUUUACAGUCAGACUACUGGAAGAAUGCUGCCUUUCUGUAUGGCCUGGGAAUGGUCUACUUCCACUAUAAUGCCUUUCAGUGGGCGAUCAAAGCAUUCCAGGAGGUGCUGUACAUAGACCCAGGGUUCUCCCGGGCCAAGGAGAUCCACCUUCGCCUGGGUCUCAUGUUCAAAGUCAACACAGACUAUGAGUCAAGCCUAAAGCAUUUUCAGCUGGCUUUGAUUGACUCCAACCCCUGCACUUUGUCCAAAGCUGAAAGUAAGCCAUAUCUUUGAUUUGUAUGUGUAUAUUUAUG